AUGACGGCAGUCAGCGUGACGUCUGGCUCCGCCAACGGGCACGACUGGACGGUGACCACGGGAUGGGACAUUAAGCACGAGUCCUUCUCUAACAACAACGGCUCUGUCGUGCAAACAACCCACACGACAAUUCGUGACGGCAUCGUUGGGCGCAUCGAGGAUGUCACCAACGGCCCCCCUUCAACAAGUACAUCAGCAGCAGCGGGAAUAACCAACCCCCUAAAAGAAGAAGAAGAAGAAAAAGAACACCCACACCCACACCAACACCAACAUGACCCUCAAGACGACCGCCCCACCCCCCUCCUCCACGCAAUCCAACAACGCAACCUCCCCCUAACCCUACACCUCCUCUCCCCGCCCAACCCGCACAACCCCAACCCCCCACCCCUCGGCUUCUACGGCCGCACCCCGCUCCAAACCGCCAGCCUCCUCGGCGACCUCCCCCUCAUACGGGCGCUCCUCUCCGCCGGCGCCGACGCCAACGCCCCCGGCGGCAACAACGGCGGCCUGCGGGCGCUGGCGCUGGCCGCGCGCGCGGGGCACAGGGAGGUGGUGGACGUUUUGCUGGACCCGGAUGUGGGGGGUGCGGAGGUCAAUGCGCCGCCGGCGCGGUAUAUGGGACGGACGGCGCUGCAGGCGGCGUGCGAGGGGGGCGAUGUGCACGUGGUGAGGAGGUUGGUGGAGGUCGGGGCCGCGGUGGAUGCGCCGGCGGCGUGGAGUAGUGGAAGGACGGCGUUGCAGGCGGCGGCGGAGGGGGGGCAUGGGGAGGUGGUGCGGGUGUUGUUGGGGGUGGGGGGCCAAGGUGGAGGUCGCUUUGGGGAAAUUUAA